AUGCUUCCCUUGCCACCUGCGCCCGUGCAAGUCUCACGGAAGGAUCUGCCUCGUGUACUUGCUAUCAUGGUGUCGGGAUACAUUACCGCCUUGUGGCUAAUGUUACAGACGGACAAUUACUUUGCCGCAAAUGACGAAAUUCAAAACUUCAGCUUUCACAAAGUGAAGGCAUUUGUUGCACUGUAUACGGUGAUGAUGGCAAUCUGCCGCUAUUAUCAACACGGCACUUACGUCUUGUUCGAGAUGUUGUGGGCAUGCAAUGUAUCUUUGGUACUAGUCAUCAUGGCUCUUGACUUACAUAAGCCUUUUCUCGUUAGCGUUGCGAUGGCGACAGUAUCAGGAGACCAUUUACUCUGGUACAUUGAUACUUGUUCAUUCGUGCUUUCGGGUAAACUCAAUACUGGUGUCAUGAAAUAUCUCACAUACCCAGAAAAUCGCUCGUUUUCCAAGACAUUUUUUGCGACUCAUCACCUGUGGUUUUUGCCAAUGUGUCUAUACAUCACUUGCGGUCACGGCGGCAUGCACGGCUCAAGCUUUGUAGGCUCAAUUAUUUUGACUACUUUUCUGGCAGCAUUUUGCCGAGCUUUUACGCCGUUUCAAGUUUGUACACCCGAGAAUGGACAUGUCGUGUAUCUCAAUGUAAAUGGAGCUUAUGAGUUUUGGAAAGAUAUCAAGAUUCCGUUGCUUCAUUUGUUCGACCACCAUCCUCCCGCGGUGUAUAUCCCAUUUCUUGCUGUCGUGGGAAAUCUUGUUGCGAACGGCUUACCUCACAUGCUAGUUCUUGGUAUUGCAUUAGGACUUCAAUUUAAUCCGCUACUUGAGGGAAUAACUCACUAA